AUGGAUGAUCUAGACCAAUACAUCGACAGUUACUCCAAACAACGGUGGAAAGUUUUCGUUUUGUUGUUGAUGGCCGGCACACCGGGUAUAUUCAAUGCUAUCCAGAUAUCGUCGUACGUGUUUCUAGUCGACAAACCUUCAUACUGGUGUGAUAUACCAGAUCUGAAAUCGGCAGGAUGGAGCGACCAGAUGAUCAUUAAUGUUUCCACGCCACAUCAAAAAUAUUCAUCAAAAAAACUUGAAGAAUGUACUUAUUACAAUCAAAAUUAUUCAAUAUUUGCCAAAAAUGGUUACAAUUGGUCAAUGAAUAAUUUAGAUACUGCCGAUUCUAAACCUUGUCAGUACUAUAGUUACAGUACCAGAGAAUCUGUUGUAACUGAAUGGAAUUUAGUUUGUGAUAAUGUAUCGAUGAAGUCCAAUGUCCACGCCACUAUGGCUUUUGGAAAGUUUGUUGGUGGACUUUUAUUUGGUUCAAUAUCGGAUGUAUAUGGCAGGAAGUUUGCUUUUAAUUUGGCAGCUUUUAUUUACAUGGUUUCAGGACCAUCUGCUGCUCUGAUUGAUUCAUAUGUAUUAUUUUUAAUUGCAAGAUUCUUGAUAGGUGUAGCUGGAUCUGGAAUUUAUGAAUCAUCAUAUACAAUAUUGACUGAGCUGACAAGUGGUAAGACUCGUACUUUACUUUGUCUUUUGAUGAAUAUGUCGUAUCCAAUUGGUUAUAUUUUGUUAUCAAUUAUUGCUUAUUAUGUACGACCAUGGAGAAUGUUGCUUUUAGUUUUGUCUUUGCCCAUGUUUGGAUUGUUGAUACAAUGCUGGUUUCUACCUGAAUCUCCUAAAUGGUUAAUGUCCCAAGGUAGAACAAAACAAGCUUGGGUGGAAAUGGCUAAACUUGUUCCAACUGCAGUUCAUGCAAACAUUAAUAAUGAUGGCCAAAAUAAUGUAGAAAUUAGUAAGAUAAAAAAGAGUAAUGGGAAAUUUACGGAGAUCUUGUCAGCAUAUACGUCAUUGUUUUCUACACUGGACUUAUCCGCAAAAACAGUUAUUUCUUUAUUUUUUGGAUUAUCUUGUGGUUUAUCGUAUUAUGUUAUUGCAUUGAACGGGGAUAAUAUAACUGCUGAUCGUUACAUAUACGUUGCGCUAAACGGAGUUGUUGAAGGUGUAUCAUACGCGUUAACUGUUCCUUUAUUUCUAUAUGUUGGGCGCAAAAAAGCAGUUUCAUCCCUUUUUUUCGCAUCAGGAAUAUUGCAACUGACAUUAUUGGCAAUACCACUUGAAAAAGCAAACAUUUUAUUAUGCGUGACUUUAAUUGGAAAAUUUUUCGUAAGUGCCUUAUUUUCAGCCAUUGUACUCUACGUAUCAGAAUUAUAUCCAACUACAAUCAGAAAUACUGGUAUCGGAAUAUUAUUGACUUUUUCUCAGAUAGGAUCUAUUAUUGCACCAUAUAUAGUUGAAAUAUUGGGAGCUAAGGCAUGGUAUAUUCCGAGUACAGUGUGUGGGACACUUGGUAUCUUUGUUUCAAGCUUGGUUCUGAUGUUGCCCGAGACAAAGAAGACAGUAUUACCAAAUACUCUAGAAGAUAUGAAAAACACAAAUUCCGUCAAACUUAGCAAUUGUUUUAAAUUUUAA